CGGGGAGCGGCGCGGGGCGGGGCGGACGGGCGAGCCCGAGCAGCGCUCCGCCGGCGGCUGGGAGCGCGGGAACGGCACGCAGCAUGCUCGCGGCUGUCGGGGGCCUCCUGCGCCUCCGCCUAGGGCGCAGCUUCCGCUGGGCCCCGGGAGCGCGCGGAGAAGCGGCGCCACGGCGCAUCGCGCCUCUGCGGCCUCGGGGUCUGCCCCGCUACUGCAGCGGCCGGGCCCCCAGCGGCUCUGAGCCCCAGGGUCCAGCAGGAAAGGUCCACCGGGUCCCCGCCGAGCACAAGCCUUCGCAAUUCGAUAAGAAAAUCCUGCUGUGGACCGGGCGUUUCAAAGCGAUGGAGGACAUCCCGCCUCGGAUCCCGCCAGAAAUGAUAGAUGCUGCAAGAAACAAGGCUCGAGUGAAAGCUUGUUACAUAAUGAUUGGACUCACCAUUAUCGCCUGUUUUGCAGUGAUAGCAUCAGCCAAAAGGGCUGCAGAACGACAUGAAUCCUUAACAAGUUGGAACCUGGCAAAGAAAGCUAAGUGGCGUGAAGAAGCUGCAUUGGCUGCACAGGCUAAGGCUAAAUGAAAUUCUGAGUGACACGGUGUUAAUCAGAGGAUCAUUACUAUUAUCAAAAACAAUAAAAGAUAGGUAAAAUAGAAUAUUUAA